AUGACUCUACCACCUCGCUUGUGCCCUCUGCUGGAGCGCCAGAAGCGCGCGAUUCUUCAGACACUACAGAAACCUCCCGAGGUGGACGAGAUCGACGUAUACGGCGAGGACUACCCGCCAACUAACACACUGGCGCACGAGCAGCUCAGUGACUUGUUGAUGGGCACGGUAACCCGCGGUGAGGGCAACAGUUGCCUGCUGAUCGGUCCUAGCGGAAGUGGGAAGACACAAAUGGUUGAGCGAGCCAUCGCGGCACUCCCAAACAACCCAAUUGUGGUCCGCCUCUCCGGCUACGCGCAGCACAACGACCGUCUAGCUAUCCGCGAGAUAGCAUGGCAACUCGCCCAACAAACCGGGCAUUCCUUCCUCCCAGACCAAGACACGGACGCAGACGCAGACGAGAACCCCUUCGUCGACUCCGGCCCCACCUCCGCGCCAGGGCCCGCGCUGUCCGUGACGCUCCCCCCGCCCGCACACCUCCUCGCGCUCAUCUCGAUGAUCCCGACCCUCCCGCGGCCGACGGUCAUCGUGCUGGACGGGUUCGACCUCUUUGCGGCGCACGCGCGCCAGGCGCUGCUCUACUGCCUGCUCGACACCGCGCAGGCGUGCCGCGCGGGGCUCACGACCGCCGCCGCCGGGGGCCAGAGUGCGAGCGGGAUGGCGGUCGUGGGGGUUACGGCGCGGGUGGACACGAUUAAUCUGCUGGAGAAGCGCGUGAAGAGCCGGUUUUCGGGGAGGAUGAUCAGGACGGCGGGGCCGGCGAGGGUUGCGCAUUGGGUUGCGCUUACCAAGGCGGUCCUUGGUGCCCCGGUUAUGACUGGGGGUCAUGAUGAAGAUGAGGGGGCGAAGGAGGAAUGGGAGGGGGUGUGGGGCACCGCUGUGGAGAGGUUCUUGGCUGAAGAUGCGACCUUGGACGCGCUGCGGGAGACGUAUGCGCUCGCCAGGGAUUACCAGAUACUCCGGAGGAUAUUGACAUGUUUGGUGUUGGAGAUGACGCCGUCGUCGCCAAUUCCCACCGCUGCGAAGCUUGAGAAAGCAAUCAGUCGCCAGCGGUGUCCGCCACGUUUCCCCUCACUUCAUACCCUCCCUUACCCAGCAGUAUGCCUCCUCAUCUCAUCGGUCCACGCGCAAACGUCGGGCCACGACGCGUUCACGUUCGAGAUGCUGCACGAAACAUUCAAGAACCAGGUGCGCACAUCGCAGUCGGCCCCCGUGCAAAUUGAGGGUGGAGGCAUCGGUAUGGCGUUCGAGCGACUGGCGGAUCUGCGCAUCUUCCAGCCUGCAGCUGCGCCUGGGAUGACCACGGGGCGCGAGUUCGCGCUGUAUCGGAGCGCCGUCGAUCGGUUCGCGGUGAAGAAGGCGGUCGAGACGGUCGGCCAGCUGAGCCUGAAGAAGUGGUUCACGAAGGCUCAAUGA